AUGUUUCGUAAAAAACUUCUACCUCAUUUUCUUCCACGAGUUCACCAGUUGGCUGUCGAUGGCGCCGUCGCAGUCGCUCUCAUCGGCCGACUAAGUGGUCUGCGUCAGAAGCAGCUUCCAUUCAAUCACCACCUAAGCCUCCUGAAGGCCAUCUUGCCUCUACUGACACCGACUGUGAAGGCGGAUCUUCUCGGUACCCUGCACUCAAAACCAAACUCUGUAAAAACGCCCCUGCCCUCGAGUAACUCGCAGUUUGCCAGCCAGAUGAGGAACUUCCUCAACCACCUGGUUGCCUUUGAUGAUGAUGCCGGUCAGGAGGCUGGUGCGGAUCGCCUUCGACCGUGGGUCUCAGUCUCCUCAAAGCCAUCUGAUCAUCUGACAUGCCUGUCGAAGGAGUCCUUGGUUGAAUGCGAAUUGCUCCUACUGACGAGACCUUUUGGAUUUCUCCUUGAAAUCAUUCGACUGCCAGCUGAUCGCCGAUGUGCGGCCCUGUUGCCCACCGUUCAUCAGCUGGGACCAGUAUUUGGUUGGGUCUGCAUUACCGAGGCAGCACAAGCCGAGAUUGUUUCCCUCAGUUUCUGUUCUACAGAAUACAAAUCGGUUCCCGAUGCGCUCACCGCCUCUCAGGCUUCCGAAGAAGUUGGCAUCUGCUGCCUCUCAAGUCUACUAGAUAUCUCCUCAACCUGGGCUCUUCUACCGUCCCUCCUCAAGUCUCUCCCAACCAUAGCGGAGAUGCCGGGUUCUCCGACACUGGAACAGUUAUACCUUAUGCUAACACAUGCCAUCCGUCCUCUAGCAACACCGGAUUCCCCUGUUUUCGCCCAGGCUUCGGAACCGGCUCUUUACCUUUGUGAGCAUCUCCUUAAUUGGAUUGACAGCUCGGCACUCCCUGUAGUGUCCACCUCAGCCAAUACACGUCUCUACCUUAUGCAGGCCUGUGUCGAUGUCCUGAAUCACAGUGCUCGUUUUUGUGCUGGUGAAGACCACCCCCAACGGGCUGAUCUCUGGAGGAGCCUUAGCCUCCGCGUAGCACAUAGUCUUCACAGCGAUCCCAACCUUCUCUGGGGUUGCUUGGAUGCUUUUCUCUCCGGCAGCCUAUCCGCCUGCGCACUGAAGCUCACGUCUCCGUGCGGUGUUGAAGAGCUGUUGGAUUUGUCGGUCUUCUCUAAAAGGCUAAAAGGAAACCUGAGACUGGUAUCGUCCUCAGGGACUUCUGAACUGUCGACCGAAGGUGAAUUGAUCAAGGCAGCCAGUGACCCUGAUCUCGCGAAUGGUGGUGGAGGGGCAGGAGAAGACCGUCAGACCACAGAAAAACCACACGCAAUCAGAGCACCGAUCAACACAUCGAUCCUCUUGGCUCUGCUUCAGUUGGCCAGCGCUUCUGAGAGCGUUUGGCUUGCGAUUGUUGAAUCUCUGCUCGCCGCUGGUCGGAGUUCUACUGUGCGGCGGCUCUGGAUUUCUCUCUCCCCGGCUUCUGUUCUUCUGAGCGUUUUUACGUUUCUUCGUCAUAUCUGCGCAGACGAUGGCUGCGAGACGGCCGUACGCUGGGGUCGCGCUAUUGGUCUCAUAGACCAAUUAGUUGCUGCCAAGUUCCUCAGGUUGCCUUACAGGAUUCGGUGUAAAUCUGCGGACCAGGGCACUGCGGCCGUAACUCCGUUAAUCGACUGGUCGCCUUAUGUGGGCUCUUUGGAUCUUUUCGACUUUUCUUUGAACCUCCUCGCUCUGGCCUCAACCUCCAUCCCUGUGAGUCACCCGCCCUCUGCCUCCGAUACAAGACUGUUAUGUCUGGUAUGUCAGACAGUGGAGUCCCUGGUACAGCGGCUACGAACCCGUAUUGUACAGCCAACCGACGCCCCCAACGAAGAGGACGGCGACAUCUCCCGCCACAGCGUCCUGCCUCAAAUCUCUGCUCAG